CCUGAAUCGUAAAUGGGAUUACAAAAGAAGCACUUAAGUGUAAUUAUACCACUAAUAGAACCCUAGUAAUUAACGUCACCCGUUAAACCUCAUAACCAGAACUCAUUAAGUGAAAAAUGAAAGCUUUGCCUUUUCUGUGUCCAGAGGAUUUCAAAUUUCAUUUUCGUCAAUUUAGAGCUUUGAGCAAGCAUCCAGAAGACCAUGAUGGGGCAUGUCGUUGCUCAGAAAUUUCCGGUUGAGAUUUUCCAUUUUCAUGGUUUGCAAUGGGGUUCGAAACAAGGCGGUCCGGAUUGUAGCUCUCUGAAGCACUCGACGGUAAACGUGUCUACUUCUCGUUUAACUUGUUUAAUCGAGUAUUGUCGUCGAAGCAACUCUUACUUGCCAUGGAAGGGAGCAAAUGGUUCAGAAAGAGCGGUGAUGUCUUUACAGUGUAGAGGAUUGCAGAGAAGUGUUUGUAUUGACGGAGGUGGAUUUGAUCAGGAUGAAUGGAGGAGUUCAGAAGAUCAUAAGAUGUGUAUUGAUGGAAAAUCGAAAGAGAGAAUGGUUUCGGAAAAGCUUCCAGAUUCGUUGAUGUCGAUUUUAGAUGGAUCUUUUGUUAGAAACGGUGAGGAAACCAACAAUGAUAUUCUUCAAAAGUUCUGCAGCAAUGGGAGACUGAAGAGUGCGUUGCGGUUGAUCGGAGUUAUGGCUCGCUGGAAUCAAAUUCCUCAUUUCCCAUCUUGCAUAAACUUGAUUAGGGGAUUUCUAAAAGUUGAUGAACUUGAUAAAGCUGCCAGAAUUCUUCGAGUUAUGAUAAUGUCUGGCGGGAUUCCGGACAAUAUCACGUAUAACAUGAUGGUUCGUGGGCUUUGUAAGAGGAGACGGAUGAGAUAUGCUAUUGACCUUUUGGAAGACAUGAGCUUGAGUGGUUGCCCUCCGGAUGUGAUCACGUACAAUACGAUAAUCCGCUGCAUGUUUGAUAACGGGAUGUUCGAUCAGGCCGUUGGGUUCUGGAGGAAUCAACUGAGAAAGGGAUGUCCUCCGUAUCUAAUCACCUAUACGAUUCUCGUUGAGCUCGUCUGCAAGCAUUGUGGAACUGUGCAGGCAAUGGAAGUAUUACAUGAUAUGGCCAUUGAAGGCUGUUAUCCGGACAUUGUCACCUACAAUUCUCUGGUUAAUCUUGCUUGUAAACAAGAGAAAUUCGAGGAAGCUGCUUUGGUCAUAUAUAAUCUUAUAUCUCAUGGCAUGGAGCCAAAUGUUAUAACUUACAAUACUCUUAUCCAUUCUCUCUGUAAUCACGGGCGUUGGGACGAAGUCGAUGAGAUACUUGCAAUCAUGAAGGAAACCUGUCAUCCUCCAACUGUGGUUACAUACAAUUUGUUACUCAAUGGUUUGUCUAAAUACGGCUGUUUGGACCGAGCCAUCAAUUUAUUUGAUCACAUGUUCUCUGAAAAUUGCUCUCCGAACAUUGUUACUUAUAAUAUUCUUCUCGACGCUCUUUCGAAAGAAGGAAUGGUAGAAGAAGCUUUUCGAUUACUUAAACUUUUACGUAGGAGCAGCUGCUCUCCUGGUUUGAUUACUUAUAACACUGUGAUAGAUGGAUUGGCUAGAAGAGGUGCAAUUGAGAAAGCAAUGGGAUUAUAUAAUCAGAUGUCGGGAGAUGGGAUUGACCCUGACGAUAUAACUCACCGCUGUUUAGUUUGGGGAUUUUGCCGUGCGGGUCAAGUCGAGGGAGCUGUAGGGAUACUAAAGGUGAUGUCGGAGAGGAAACACAUGGUCGGAGAUAGUGGCUAUAAAAUGGUGAUCCAUAGGUUAUGUAGAAAUGGGAAGAUAGAAUUGGCAAUACAAGUUCUAGAAAUGAUGGUCUCGAGUCGGAAAACACCGGAAGAGACAGCGUAUUCGACUAUAAUAAGACAUGUAGCUGAUGCCGGAAUGAAACAAGAAGCUAGCAAGUUGAAUCAGAAGUUGAUGGAAUGGAGGGUUCUCAGAGAAAGUACACGGUUGGAUUAAAGACUUUGGUCAUUGUGGUUGGCUGUUUACGCCAAUGAAUUAGUACAAUUACAAUAAUUUCUCUACACUUGGUUUUGAUAUAUUGCUUCAUUUAUUUUUAACCUUCUGUCCUCUUUAAGUGGAUUGUUUACCUU